AUGGCUCCUCGGGCAGCUCCGCUCUCCCGCGCCGUCCCCUCCGGCCGCCUCCCCCGAGGGGAACUGCGAUCCCGGCACCUCCCCACCCGCCCGCUGCCGCCGCCGCCGGCCCCGCUCCGCUCGGCUCCCGGACUGACUCGCGGUCCCCCCGGCGGGCGGGCGGAGGGCGAGGCGGCCGUACGCGGCGCGGCGGGGGCCGCUGACGGGAGCUCCCUGUCCGCCACCCCGAGAGCCGCCGCUUUCGGCCCGAAGUUCAGCCAGCAACCUCGGCGCUGUCGGAAGGGCCGCUCGGCGAACGCCGCGAGCGUCAGCACCGACGGAGCGGGAUACAGAGCUGCGAGCGGAAUGCGGGCACCGUGCCGGGCAGAGCCGCCUCCUGUUCGGGUGCAGGUGUCAGGCCACAUUCAUCCCUGGUUAUCCUCUGGGGUUAUAAAUAAAACAGUGAAAACAAGAAUCGAAGUAGUGCCAAAAUGAAGGGUUUGAGCUGGCAAACGCUCAGAUUUGGGUUCUGCUUUCUCCAGAAUGGGCCCUCUGUUUUUAUGGCACUCUAACACGUAGUUACCAGCUUCAGUCUCGUUGCAGAGUGAAGCCUUAAAUCCCAUCCCCCCCGCACAGCACUGUAACUGGUGACACAUAUUGAAGAUGUGUGCGUGCUUUUGAUUGUGUUUCCAUCUAAUACAGCCCCUUCAAACUUCGGCCUUCAGCUGUACCGCUUCCUGCGAUCCUCCGACUGCCCUGCUGUCAAGGUGCCGUGCCAUUGGGUUUAGCAACGUGUUUGUAGCGUGAGGAAGGGACGUGAGCUGGGAGAUGUGCAGGGUACAGGCAGCCGCCUCAGACAGGAACACAAGAGGGCAGGGUAGCAUUAAUUGUUGUGCUUCCUGACGUCAGACUUCCUUGCACUGUGAGCAUUUUCUCUGUUUGUUAUCUGCCUGGAACUUCUUAGGCUUCCCAGUGAAGUUUCCAUAGUACCCACAAACCUUUAUAGCCUAUGGUGUUGUUUUUUUUUUCCAAUGUAUUUUUUCCAAUAAUAAUCCUCCCUUUUUUUUUUUUUUCCUCUGGGUACAUAAUUUAAGCAAAUUAUAUGUUCUCUAAAGCUGCAGUUAUAGCAUCUCUAAAUUAGAACUAGUCUUGAAAGCGUUACCCGUGUAAUUACAACACUUUCAAGAAAAAAACACAUGAAGUCUCAUAAGAAGUUUAACUUACAGUAAAUUUAAUUUUCAAGCAUGUCUACAUUUAUCACUAAAAAAUCCAGAAAUCUGCAGUUAGCUCAUGCUAAUGAUGACUUCUCUCUAGGUUCAUAAUGUACAGAAACACAUUUUAAAAAUGGAGCUCUAAUCACAGAAUCAUUAAGAUUGUAAAAGACUACUGGGGUCAUCUAGUCCAGACCAUCACCUCAUGUCCUUCAGAUCAACUAAUGUCAGGCUUAAUACGAUGUGGUAAAAUAUGUUCAGACAUAUAACCUUAACCCUGACCCCCAUCUUUUUCACAGGGAAAUGGGAACUCUAUGCCUAUAUCCAUUGCUAUCUAAUGUUAGUUUACAGAAGAUGAGAUAGAAAAUAAAAUCCUCAAAGUUCAAUGGAAGAGCAGGUACAAGUGGUCACAGUAAUAGCAGGAGGAGGGCUAAAGUCACCGUCCUUCAAAGACAUAACCAUCCUGUUUUAAAAACAUCUUUUUAAAAAAAGAGUUCUGUGGAACAGCUAAGGCAAAAACAGAAAACACAGGUGCAGUCAAUCAGGAAUCAGUUGCUUUUCAUUGAAUAUUGAUAUUUGAGUGUGUAUGCAAACAUCCCAGAAACAGUACAAAAAAGAACUAGAGCAUUAAGAAAACUUUAGGCAUAAAACAGGUUUGAUGUGAUUUGACUAAGGAAGACCCUCAGGAGAGUUCUUGGGCAGCCUGAUCUGUUGGGUGGCAGCCCUUCCCAUGGCAGAGGGUUGCAGCUGGGUAAUCUUUAAGGUCUCUUCCCACCCAAGCCGUUCUGUGAGUGUUCAUUAAGAGCUAAGCUGUGUCUGGGAAGUGGAUUGGAAGCAUCUGCAAAAAAAAAAAAAAAAGAAAAAAAAAAAAUUCCUUGGGUGAUCUGCUUUUGG